GGCGUUUAAGACUCAGAAGUGAAGGACUGCGGAGCUUAAAGAAGAAGGCAGCCCCCACAACUUGUACCCACUGCUGGUUCUCCAGGCUGCUGCCCCAGCAAUAACCAACCCAGAAGCUGCAAUCAACGAAGAAGGUUAUUUUAAGAGGAGACAUGAAUCUUGAAGAGUAUUUUGCAAGAACUGGGUAUAAAGGUUCCCUUGAAAAUCAAGACUUGGAAACCUUAACUGAUAUAUUCCAGCACCACAUCCGUGCUGUUCCAUUUGAAAACCUCAGCAUCCAUUGUGGGGAGAAAAUUACUUUGGAGCUGGAGCACGUUUAUAACAAAAUUGUGCACAAGAAGCGCGGUGGUUGGUGCAUGGAAAAUAACCAGCUGUUGGGUUGGGUCCUGAAAUGCCUGGGCUAUGACACCAGCUUUUUGGGAGCAUACGUCUUCAAUCCACAUGAAAACGCAUAUGCCACCAUCAUGACCCAUCUCCUAGUGAAGGUGGUUAUUGAGGGAAAAGCCUACAUUGUUGAUGCGGGCUUCGGUGUAUCCUACCAAAUGUGGCAACCGAUGGAGCUUGUAUCAGGGAAAGACCAGCCCCAGGCUCCUGGCAUCUUUCGCUUCACAGAAAAGAAUGCCAUCUGGUACCUUGAGAAAAUGAGACGGAAACAAUAUAUCCCCAAUCAAAAUUUCUCUAAUUCUGAUCUUCUAGAGAAAAAAGACUGUCGGAAAGUGUAUAUGUUCAGUCUGGAACCACGGACAGUGGAAGAUUUCUGUUUUCAGUGCACGUACCUUCAGACGUCUCCAGAUUCCCUCUUUACAAAGAAGUCCAUCUGCACCCUUCAGACCACCGAUGGCUUUCGAGCGCUCAUUGGAUGGACGCUCACCGAGACCAAAUACAAUUACAAGGAAAACAUGGAUCUGGUGGAAUUUAUAACCCUUAAAGACGAAGAGGUGGAGAAGACACUGAAAGAUAAAUUCAACAUCACCCUAGAGAGAAAGCUCGUCCCAAUUAACAUCAAAGGAUUUUAUACAAUCUAGAUGACUGGAAAAACCCAUGGUAGUGCUACAUGCAUACAGUACCUUCCAUGUCUGUGCAAUCACUACUGCAAGAUUAUGGGAUUCCCUUGCAGGCAACCGAAGGAAAAAUACAUUAAUACCAGAUUAAAGUGAAUUUCACUCUGGAGAAAGGAGAAAAAAAUCAGGGAUUUAAGACUCAUCUGUCAGGUAGAUAGAAUUAUUUUCUGUGAGAUGACUGUGGUUCAAUUUUUUGGCACAAAUGCAGAGACUGAUUUGAAUCUGGUUAUAAACUUGGGUAAGAAAUAUCUCAGAGUAAUUUUGGAGUGCCUAUAGCACAUAAAUUGGAGUAAGGAUUAUUAAUUGUGAUGCGCUGCCAACACAUUUUCUACGGCCAUUAUAGGAAAAAAGUCAUCUGUGAGCUUUUAGACAAUGAAGUAUGCAUUUAAAACUUCAUUUUUCACAAGAUCUAACCACUCACUGCUCAUCUCAUUACCUUCAAUACAGGUUGAACAAUAUUGUCAUCUUUGAACGGAACAUUAGGAGGUGUAAUUCUUUCACCAUCAUCCUUAGAUGAAAACACAGUACAAAAAAAUUAUCAUCAUGUGCAUCCCUUCUGUCAUUACUGCAGUAAACUGCCCAAGGUAAUUUUUGGUAUGUAGGCAUUUUUCCUUUGAUGCAAAUUGUAUAUACUGCUGCAUUAUUGUGUCUGAUGGGUUCUAAGGAGAUACCUACAGGCUUUGCUUCUGAUAAAUAAUCAUCCUGUAACGGUUUGAGUGGUGCUUAAAUGUCUCAACUAGCUUAGAUUUACUUCUACCUCAAAUGGGGUAGAAAUUUCGUAUUUUCAGUAUUGCACAUUAUCUGUAUAACAGAAAUAGAACAAUGAAGUUAACCCUGCCUUAAAUCUACCCUGCUAUUUGUGUUUAGCAAAUAUGGGAGUCCACAUGCUAUCCUGACUGACUAAUGCUUAGCGUAAGAUCUCUAGUGUCACAAGUAAGUUUCAUCAUCUGUAUUCAAUUAAGAAAUAAAACAAACCACCAUGGAGCCAA